GGCGGGCCCGCCGCGGUCGAAGUCUAUGGGUACCGUCAUCGUCUUCCCCAGUAUCAACGUUUGAUUCUGGUGCGUGCCUUCCACCUAUUCAAUCCGCGAGUUUCGGCGCCAGCCUUCCCGCGACCAUCGCCCAUAAUGGCGCGCAAUGCCUAUUCAUCUGUCUGCGGGUACUCGGCAAAAUUUCUUAUGAACAGAGCCUGACGCGAUGGUGUUGAACGGCGUGCUUGUUGCGGGAAGGGACAUAGAUUCAGCUCCUUCCGUAUCACUUGAUCUUUGCUAAUAUCUUUGUAGAAGCGCUAGCACCAUGCGCUCCUUUUCAGGGCACGCGAAUGUGCGGCGCGUCAGCCCUAUAAAUGAAUCAAUGAGACUCUAGCCCAUCGAUUUCUUGAUGGAAUGCCGCCCCGAAACAGCGGGAUGCGUUCUUGGGGCCGUCAAAUCAGCGUCGGGUACAAUGGUACUGCGCCGGUGUCUCUGGCGCUUCUAACCGCUGGUAUCUCAGGCACAGGCGAGCAGGCUGGGUGCAGCAGAUAAACAGCACGACGCAUCGCUCAGCCGUGAGACGACCUAUGGGCGCACCGUCAUGGACUAUGCUCCAGAGAAGAGGUUCCGUACGACUCGCGGAUUCUUACCUUUGGGCUCAGGGCGGGACAUUUCGCAAGGACCAGAGGCAGACAUUCGAAAGACCGGGUCAUCAGCGUACCACUUGCGGGUAUCGAUUUGCAUCGCAUUGCAUGUCCUCCUCAUCCUCAUCCACGUCGCCUUUCUCCUCGUGUCCCUAGGGCACUACGAACGCUCUGUCUCUUUCGCCAUCACGCCGUUCUCGCUCGAGUGGUACCCGCUGAUAGUGACGACUUUGAUGCAGGUUUUUGGAACGAUCUUUCUUGCGGUGCUGGUCGCGUACACCCAGUCUCUUGCUUUCCGAAGCGACCUUUACGUCCGCCAGACACUGACCUCCCUACAUGACAAGAGUAAUGCUUGGCUCGGCCUCGGCGCAGCAUGCGGAUCUUUGUGGGAUCAGUUCAAGCUUCGCGCAGCUAUGGUCGGCGUCGUCUAUAUCACUGUCUAUCUGCUCGGCGUGUGGUUGCUCCAUAUCACGAUACCUACUGCGCUCAAUGUGGUACCCUUUAAUGCGACGGCGCCGACGGUGUUCUCCACGGUCCUUGCCAAUACCACGAACAACGCCGACUACGCCUCUGCGUACGAUAUCCUUCCGGUCUAUGACCAAGUACCGAUGCUGGGGCUCCAAGAUAACAUGGUCUACGAUAUAAUCCCCUCAGUCCCAUCCGCAAAUGGAACCGCUACGGUCAACGCAUCUGUUUAUAACGUUGACUGCGCCGCUCUACCCCACGCAGACUCAACGAUUCAAGCCUUUGACGGUCUCGCCCGGCCUGGACAGCCAAAUAUGACAUGGCUGAUCUUUAACAUCGAUAACUCCAAUGGGCAGACCCAUAAUUAUUAUUUGGCUAGUCUUCCUUACAGCGCCUCAGCGAUCUACACGGCGCAGGUUGCUGACAUUGAAGCUGGUUGCAGCGACUCUCCUCUAUUUUAUGCUCCCGGCACCUGCUGGGCGCCCAUUGUUAUCCUGUCUACGGUAACUAUUUUGGACUCGGAUGGGAAUCAGGCAUCCAUCCAAGGUGGCCCUUGGCGACCUAUCAAUCCGCAAGUUAUCGUUCCUCCACCGAACGCGAAUCCUGCCGUGAUGAUUACAGCUAUACAGCUGCUAGCGUGUAGCGUACAGAUCACAAAUGCCAAGAUCGAGGUGGCAGUCGAUACGCGCACGCCCGUGCUCAACAUGCCGAAGCUGCAGCCGAACACGCUUUGGAAAAACUGGACAUGGCCAGAUGAUCCAGCGCUAACUGAUCAGCUCAGAGCUGCCCAGGCCGCCCCAUAUUUCUCGCCUCCAAGUGGGCACAGCAGUUCCUUGACGGUUAUUGCGGGGUCCACCAACUACACAGAGGCUAGUCCUCCGGUUGCGCUACCUGGAUUUGAGCUCGAGGCGUUCCAGGUCUCCCCCUUCGACGAGAACCCUAUACCAAAUGCCAUUAUGGCCGCGUCCGCAGGUUUGCCGAACCCAGUCAUCCCCACAGCUUUCGACGUAUUUAUGACUGAAGACCUCCGCAUUGUGUCGGAAAACCGGACGAAUGUGACCAUUACGGAGAUCAACUAUAGCCUCGAAAAGGCAUUGGCCGCUACGUUUUGGUAUGGGAACCAAGUGAACUAUUCCAGCGCGCACGCCAUUGAUGAGUUGAUGAGCCCGGCAAGCGCGUACAUUGCAAUGUUCAAUCCUGUCCUAAACCUUACUUCUAACAACACGGGCGGGGCACUUCCGCAUGGUGAGGCGACCAUCGCGGUAUCCGUGCAAAGAUUACGCCUAAACGUGAGUCUUUCCCACCAGCUAGUAAUCCGGAAUACUAACUCUGAUGCCCUCCUAGUUGAGCCUAGCACCGGUAUAAUCUUCGCACUGCCAUCUCGAUCGCUCACAGCUGAAAAAAUAUGGUGUAGAUUCUCAUCGGACUGGUGGCGUCCGUGGGGCUUCUCGCGCUCUGCAUCCUGGUCGUCCGAGUGCCAGCAUCUGCCCGUGCUGCCUUCGACCCCAAGAUCGUCGCCGACAGCGGAGGCCUCUUACAGUACACGUGGCUCCUCGGAAAUGAGCCGCAUCUCACCAACGUCGAGUCACCUGAACUCGAGAACCUAAGAGCUGCCGGGAUGUUCGACGUCCAGAUAGGCGACCGAGUCAGGAAGCGCCUGUCCAGCCGCGCGUCAACCUUUGUUGGCAUUACAGAUGAAGAUUACGACUACGAUGACUCAAUGAAGAAGCCUUUGAUUAUGCGAGAAUGAUCAUGUGGAAGGUCUAGUUCACGAAUAAUGUGUUCUUAUUGGCGUUGGGAGCGCACGAGUUACUUAUUAUAUUGUGGAACUUGUAGCCUUCGGUCAUUUGGUGUGCGCCACAACGUCUUGUAUGUCUUGCAUGGUAUGAUGUAUUCUCUUCUAAAUGCGCAAGUGUGUAAUAUAGCGGCCAUGCCCACGCAGUGUACAUCUAGUUUACUCGCACCUCUGAUUCUGGAGAGCAGGAAGCUUAUCAUAUUUCUACGAUCAUACCGGAUGUCACACACCACACCAGCUUUCCACUGACCCCGCC